AUGGCAACCACGCUGGUGGGCGCUCACGCCUUCGAGCACCUGUACGCCCACAGCAUUCCCAUCAUCAUCCUCGCCAUCAUCACCGAGUUUGAACUGGGAGCGCUCAGCGUCGGCGCGGUGGUCGCCAUUCGGUCCAUAUUUGGAGGCAUCACCAGCACCGCCGGCGGGUUCCUGGUCGACCUGUUCCACCAUCGGGUGGCCCUGGUGCUGUCCAUCAGCACCUUUAUGAUCGGUCUGGGCUACCUGCUCAUGUCCAUUGCCCCGUCCUACGCGCUGAUCCUGUGCGCGCUGGCGCUGGGUUCCAUGGGCAGCGCACUGUGGCAUCCGCCGGCCCUGGGUCUGCUGGCGAGGCGCUUUCCCGAGCGGCGCGGUUUGUUCAUCUCCAUGCACCGCUCCACCGGCAGCGUCGGCGACGUCAUCGGCCCGCUGGCCGCCGGCGCGCUGAUUGCCGGCGCCCUGACCUGGACCGGCGGCGCCGGGGACGCUGAGGUGGGAGUCUCGUGGCCCCUGCCCUGGGGCACCAUCGACUGGCGGUACAUCCUGGGAUUCAGCACGCCGGUGAUGUUCAUCGCCACGGUCGCUAUUUUCUUCCUGCUCCGCAACGCCGGCAGCGAGCGUCCGAUCAACGUGGACGUCAGCGCCCGCAUCCGCACCAAUUGGGCCGGCAUGAAGGACGCCUUCCGCGGCACCGGAAUGUGGGCCAUCUUCACCGUGUCCGCCGUGCGUGGCAUGGCCGACCGCUCCCUGGUGUUCCUGAUCCCGCUGUACCUGAUCCAUCUGGGAGUUGGCGAGUUCCAGGCCGCCGUCCACGUCAUGCUCAUGGUGCUUCCCGGCAUCCUCUUCGGCCCCUUCAUUGGCUGGAUGUCCGACCGGACGGGCCGCCGCCCGCUGAUCAUCUUCAUCAUGGGCGUCACCACGAUACUCACCAUCGCGAUAAUCCUGGCCAGCGGUGAUGGUUACACCCCGUGGAUCACCAUCUUCGUCGCCAUCUAUGGGAUGCUCAACUUCUCGGUGAACAACCUCACCCAGGCCGCCGCCGCCGACAUCGCCGCCGGCCGUCGGCUCGAGUCCAGCUUCCUCGGCCUCAUGUGGGGGAACAACACCCUGUUCGGAGCCGUCGCCGCCUUCAUGAUCUUCGGCCCCGUGGAAUGGUUCGACUGGCAGUACGGGUUCUUCAUCGCGGCGGGCAUCUACUUCGCGGGCUUCCUCAUCUCGAUGCUGAUCCCGGGAAAGCCCCGGGAACCCGAGGCCGUGCCGGCUCCGGCCUGA